GAACAGGAUCCAAGCAUCUGGCUGAGAACAAGAACCACUCUACAGAGACGAGCUGACGGCCGAGGUUUAGAACGAUCACAAGAACCUGCCAUUAGAAAAGCACAGCUCAAGAAACUUGACCUGUUUGUCAGUGCAGAGAGCCGUUGGACCUGCAAAAUGCAAGCCGUUCGUCAGUGUUCUGCUUGUGCGAGACGAGCCGCUGGAGGACUUCAGCGCAAUCAAACGGACAAUUCACUGCUGAGAAGAAGAGCAGCCUGCGCCCGCUCCCUCAGCUCUGAGCGAAGGAGGUCCGGAGUCCAGAAGCCUGGAGAGCUGACAAACCCUGCACACAUGAGCUUAGCCUGUCUAAGUAUCGGCCACGGCCUUUGGCAAGUGGAGGAUCUGUCACACGAUGCACUGCUCAGGAGAGCCGCCUCGGUGCUGACGGACAGCUCGAGCACCCUCCUCUCUCAGGCCACCUUGGCCCUCACUGACGCUCUGACGGACUAUUCAAAGGCUGUCCACUCACGCAUCGCCUUCCAAAGAAAAUACCUGGUCUCACUGGGAAAGAUGAGCCCAGCGGAGGAGGAAUCACUACGACAGGCCAUCAGCAGCUGGCGUGCAGAGGCUGCUGAGAGACUGAACGAAUGCAAACACUACGAGACAACCUGGAUCAACGCCGUCAACCUGUCUAAGAUGGCAGCAGAGGCAGCGUACACCUCCGGAGCCCACCAGGCGUCCAUCUUGGUCCGAACAAAUGUUCAGGUGGCUCAGUCGCAGGUGGAGGACGCAAGGAAACUAUCAGCGGAGGCCGAUAAGAAACUGGCUGAAACCAAGGUGGAGGAGAUCCAGCGAAUGGCGGAGUACACUGCGUUUUUAGAAGAAGGCGACGAGCACGAGGUGCACGAGGCGUAUCUACGAGAGGACUGAGACAAACAGAGGGAGAAGCAGGAAACGAUGUCAAAGUGCAAUUGAUUUUCUGUGAAAACUUUGACCUACUCACAGGGCUUGUUUUCCCACUUGUUUUGAGCCCGUACAAUUCCACAAACUGUUCACCUUUGUGAAACAAAACACACAAAAAAUUGUUAAUAAUAAAAUGACCAAAUAGCACUUUAAGGUUUGACGGUAUGAUUAAUAAUUGUGGGCUUAUUAAACCUUCAGCAGCUCUUCACUGACAUGUUGUAGAGUUUCUGAUAAGAAUGUGAUGUU